AUGAUUGCGCAUUGCAAGCUCCCAGCUCUCAUUGCUUUGCUGUCCUGCUUUGCAGCUACGCACCAGGUGAAAGCUCAACUGCAGCGAAAGGGUCUCAAGGGCGAGCUUCCGCAGUGCCCUUCUGCCGGAUACCAAGGCUUCAGAAACAUUGUUCAAGGACCAUCAGGAGUGGACAUUUUCGCUUCUGAACAGACCCUCUUGACAGCUUGCUACGAUGCCGGCGGCGCCAUGGUACCUCACGACAUGGGCGAUAAGGAUGCGCAGCCCAUCGUGUAUCCCUUUUGGAAGUGUCUAGACAGAAGCGAUCGAGAUUUCACUUGCAAGGCUUUCGCUAAGCUCAACGAAAACGUGGCGAACGGUCAGCCAGUCUGGGUCAUGACCACGUUCGAAGAGCCGCAGCAGCAUGACGGCAUCUCCAAGCCGCCUCCUCACCCAGUCUACUGA